AUGAUCCUUGGCUGCAGCUGCGGCACUGUGUUGCUUUGCGUUGGUCAUUGGCAUGAUAUAAACCUGAGCAUUUGUUUGGCCGUCUGUUUUACCUUUUCCCGGCCACGUUAUGCGGCCCGACUCCCUCUCGGCUGCCAGUCUACUGUAGCGAUUGCAGAGUUCCAGUCUGAAGUUUAUGCACCCUCGAAAUUGGUCGGAGAAGAUAUGAUUUCUCUCUUAAAAGCUGCUGCUGCUGCCGCCUCUGCCCCACUAGGCCUCUUCUGCCCAUGCGCAUCUGCCUCGGCCAGAAGAGGUGACUGUCGGGUCCCUGUCACACUCCAUCCCCCAUCGCAUGCGCGAAGAGUCGGCAGACAUGCGGGACCACAUAUAUCUGUGAAGAAAGGCUGGAUUUCAUAUACCUUUGGGCCACUUGCGUUGACUAGACCCCUUGUCGGUUGUCCAACUGUCGCUCCGACCGCCCAACUUCUUCCGGCCUACAGCACGCAGCCUCUGCCAUACUCAGUCAUGUGA